AUGUCCACCCGAACGGGAUCCGCCGCUGCCUUGUGGGGCGUUGCCUCCCUCCUUCUCUUCAACCCGGGCUCCAGCUGCCCUCCUGCCUGCCAGUGCUCGGCCCAGAACCGGACAGUCCGCUGCGACGGCCGUAGGCUGGAGGCCACCCCCCGCGGGGUCCCGGCCGGCACCCGAACGCUGGACCUCAGCCGCAACCUCAUCAGCAGGGUGGGCCGCAGCGACUGGACUCGACCCGCGGCUUGGGCCCGGCGGCUGGAGGAGCUGGAUCUUGGCCACAACCUGCUCUCCCACCUGGACUCCGGUUGCUUCGAAGGCCUCGAUCGCCUUUCGGUCCUCAGCCUGCGAGCUAACCGCCUGCGGUACCUGGAGCCGGGGUCCUUACGCGGCCUCCCUGCCCUGAAUUCCCUGGACCUGAGCCUUAACCCGCUGGUGGCCUUGCUGGACCACGGCCUGGCGGGGCCAAGCCAGCUGCGGCUGCUGGCGGUGGGAGCCCCGAGCCUGGUCCACAUCGGGCUCAAUGCGUUCGCCGGCCUGGGCAGCCUGCAGCAGCUGACGGUGGCAGGCUCGGCGCUGGAGCAGACUCCGGCCGCUGCCCUGGGUCGGCUGGCCAACCUGACCGCCCUGCGGCUGCGGAGCUUGCGGGGACCGAGUUCGGUGCCGGAUGGCUGGCUGCGGGACAUGGGCCGGCUGCGGGCCUUGGAGCUGGACGGCUGGCCGGCGCUCAGCGAGCUGGGCAUGGGCAGCCUGCAGGGCCUUAGCCUGGUGUGGCUGUCGGUGACGCGUUGCAACCUGACCGAGCUGCCGUACGCCGCCCUCCGGCUCCAGGCGCAGCUCCGCUUUCUCAACCUCUCCCACAACCCGAUCCGAGUCAUCCGCCCCGCCCUGCUUCACCAUGUGUGGCGGCUGCAGGAGUUCCGGCUGGUGGGCGGCCAGCUAGUCUCGGUGGCCCUCGGAGCUUUCCGCGGCCUGGCCGGUCUCCGGCUGGUCGACGUGGCGGCCAACCGUCUACCUAGCCUGGAGCAAGGUGUCUUCCGUUCCGUGGCCAGCCUCCAGAGCCUCGGCCUGGGCGACAACCCGCUGGCCUGUGAUUGCCGGCUGCUCUGGGUGAUGCGGCGGCGCCGGCGACUCUACUUCCUGGGCUCCGAGCCGGUCUGCGCCUCGCCAGCGCUGCUGCGGGGCCGGCGACUGACCGAGCUGGAGGAGCCGCUGCCGGCCGGCGCUUUCCGCUGCCGCAAGCCGGUCAUCCGCAACAAGGCGCAACGGCUGCGGGCCCGCGAGGCUCAGACUGUCGGACUGCGCUGCGCCGCCGACGGACAACCACCGCCCGAUAUUGUGUGGAUCAACCCCCGAAAACAGGUCCUAUUCCCCGGGCCCGGGCCCAUCUCGGGUCCCGGGGCCGGUCGCAGCCGCCUGCUGCCGGACGGCACGCUGCAGAUUAUCGGCGUGCGCCCGAAGGACGCCGGCACCUACCGCUGCGUGGCCCGGAACGCCGGCGGCAACGACACGGCCUCGGCCGUGCUGGUGGUGCGCCCGCUCUCGGCUCGGGACCUGGGACUGGGCGGCGCCACCCUGGACCCGCACCUCCACCACACGAUCGGGCGCCGCGCCCUGCUGAUCGCCACCAGCCUCGGCCUCUCCUCCUUCUUAGGCGUGGUCAGCGUCUGGUUCUCGCUGCUGCUGAUCUGGAGCCGGAUGUGCGGGCCCAUCAAACACAACACGCACAUCGAGUUCGUGCCGCACGCCGGGGGCGACGAGGGAGGGGGCGGCGGCGGCGGCGACGGCAAGUUCAACAUGAAGAUGGUGUGAGGAAGUGGGGUGCCCGGGGGUGGGGGGGGGGAGGAAUCUCGAUUCUGGACUCGCCCCUUAUGACCUCUGCCUAUCACGUCACGCCUCUGGUUCCGUCACGAUGAUCAGUAGCUCCCCUCUACGUCAUUCCCGGUCCCUUUUUCAUCAUGAUCUCCCACUCCCUUCUUUGCCCUGCUAUAGCUUCGUCCACAACACGUCACGGUCUCACACUCUCCCUCGGAGGGGUUCUUCCCCGCCUCCUUAUUCCCCUCCACGCGGUAGAUGUUUGUGUCCGACUCGCUGGGCUACAUUCCAAAUGUCAUGGCCCUUUCCCUGUGGACUUUUCCCUCUGCCGACGUUCAGUUCAUGGUGUUCCCGGCCUAUGGUUCCUCACAGAGCACAUUCACACCCCAGCCUAUUUUCCACACAUCCCUCCAACGUGUGCCCACCCCCUCUGGCUUCUCACUGUGUUCCCCUCCCCAAGCCAAGGGUGGAAGGCAGCGACCGGCUGAGGAUUUUCUAUUGAAGAUCUCGGCCCCACUGGCAGGUGUUAAUUCCCCACACCGUUGUCAGCCGUCGUAGUUUGACCCUUGUGUCGGGCUGCAGCAAA